UCAAAAAACAAAAACUAAUCAUAGUUUUAUCCAUUACUUUUAAGAUUCUUGUGUAACUGAGCAAAGCUGAGUUUCUUACUAUCUUGAACUAGUUUAUUAAGUAUUUGAAUAAACUUUGAUUAAUCGAGCUGGAAUAGAUUUUUAUGGAACCCAAUUUGGAGUGGCUGCCCUCGUUUACACCCUCACCUUCUAUUCAGAGAAGUGAAAAAUAUUUAAAAGCAGCCGCAGAAAAAAAGGAGUAUUUAAACAUACUCUUUAACUGACUUUCAGACAUUAAAUGACUCUCUACUUGAGAUCCCUCUUUUUCUCCUGCAUAGUUCUCUUCGAACUCUCAGUCUCUAACUCCGAAUCACAUAAGCUGCAGUACCCAUGUCAGCCACCACUCCAUAACUCCUACACUUUCUGCAACCAGUCUUUAUCUGUACCCACUAGAGCUCACUCUCUUAUUUCACUCUUGACCCUUGAAGAAAAGAUCAAACAAUUAUCGGAUAAUGCAUCAGGAAUUCCAAGAUUUGGAAUUCCACCUUAUGAAUGGUGGUCUGAAUCACUUCAUGGGAUUGCCAUUAAUGGCCCUGGUGUUUCCUUCACGAUUGGACCUGUUUCUGCUGCUACAGGUUUUCCUCAAGUUAUUAUCUCUGCUGCUGCUUUUAAUAGGACUCUUUGGUUCUUGAUUGGAUCAGCUAUUGCUAUUGAAGCUAGAGCGAUGCAUAAUGUUGGUCAAUCUGGCUUAACAUUUUGGGCACCUAAUGUUAAUAUUUUCAGAGAUCCUAGAUGGGGUAGAGGUCAAGAAACUCCUGGUGAAGAUCCCAUGCUUACUUCUGCUUAUGCUAUUGAGUUCGUUAAGGGUUUUCAAGGUGGGAAUUGGAAGAGUGGUGUUAGUGGAAGUGGAAGCGGUAGAUAUGGAUUUGGAGAAAAGAGGAUGUUAAGAGACGAUGAUGGUGACGAUGGGCUUAUGUUAUCUGCUUGUUGUAAACAUUUAACUGCUUAUGAUCUUGAAAAAUGGGGCAAUUUCAGUAGAUAUUCAUUCAAUGCUGUGGUUACAGAACAAGAUUUAGAGGAUACAUAUCAACCUCCAUUUCGUAGCUGUAUAGAAGAAGGAAAAGCAAGUUGCUUAAUGUGUUCAUAUAAUGAAGUUAAUGGGGUGCCUGCUUGUGCAAGAGAAGAUCUCUUACAAAAAGCUCGAGAAGAAUGGGGCUUUGAAGGAUACAUUGUCUCAGAUUGUGAUGCUGUGGCUACAAUAUUCGAGUAUCAGAACUAUUCAAAAAGUGCCGAGGAUGCAGUUGCUAUUGCUUUGAAAGCAGGUAUGGACAUCAAUUGUGGUUCAUACGCGAUUCGCAAUGCUCAAUCUGCGGUUGAUAAAGGUAAGUUACGAGAAGAAGAUAUAGAUAGAGCUCUUCUCAACCUUUUCUCAGUUCAACUCCGACUCGGGCUUUUUGACGGAGACCGUAUAAAUGGGCAUUUUAGUAAACUAGGACCUGAAGACGUUUGCACUGAAGAGCAUAAGAAACUAGCACUUGAAGCAGCAAGGCAGGGGAUUGUGCUGCUAAAAAAUGAAAAAAAGUUCCUACCUUUGAAUAAAAAAGCUGUUUCUUCCUUGGCUAUUAUUGGUCCAUUGGCAAAUAAUGGAGGCAGUUUGGGUGGUGAUUACACUGGAUAUUCAUGUAAUCCACAGAGCCUCUACGAUGGAGUUCAAGCCUACAUAAAAAGGACAUCUUAUGCAGUUGGUUGCUCUAAUGUGUCUUGUGAUUCUGAUGAUCAGUUUCCUGAAGCAAUACAUAUUGCAAAAACUGCUGAUUUUGUAAUUGUAGUUGCUGGAAUUGAUUUGUCACAAGAAACUGAAGAUCGUGAUCGAAUUAGUCUUCUGUUACCUGGUAAACAGAUGGCCCUGGUAUCUUAUGUUGCAGCAGCUAGUAAAAAGCCAGUGAUUCUAGUUCUUACUGGUGGAGGACCAGUUGAUGUAUCUUUUGCCAAAAGGGAUUCUAGAAUUGCUAGCAUUCUUUGGAUUGGAUACCCUGGUGAAGCUGGUGCAAAAGCACUUGCAGACAUCAUCUUUGGAGAAUAUAAUCCAGGUGGAAGACUUCCAAUGACUUGGUAUCCUGAGUCAUUCACCAAUGUACCAAUGAAUGAUAUGAAUAUGCGAGCCAAUCCUAAUCGUGGUUAUCCUGGAAGAACCUACCGUUUUUACACUGGAGAACGAGUCUAUGGAUUUGGUGAAGGCUUAAGUUACACCAAUUAUGCUUACAAGUUCCUGUCAGCACCAAGCAAGUUGAGUCUUUCAGGAUCUCUGACAGCUACUUCCAGAAAGAGAAUAUUGCAUCAGAGAGGAGACAGGCUUGAUUAUAUAUUCAUUGAUGAGAUAAGUUCUUGCAAUUCUUUGAGAUUCACUGUGCAGAUAUCUGUCAUGAAUGUUGGAGACAUGGAUGGAAGUCAUGUUGUGAUGUUGUUCUCCAGAGUGCCACAAGUUUCUGAAGGCACUCCAGAAAAACAACUUGUUGGAUUUGAGCGCAUAAAUACUGUUUCUCAUAAAUCUACUGAAACAAGCAUCUUGCUAGAUCCUUGCAAACAUCUUAGCAUUGCAAAUGGGCAAGGAAAAAGGAUAAUGCCGGUAGGCAGUCAUGUUCUAUUGUUAGGAGAUUUACAGCAUUUUGUUACAAUUGAGGCUUAUUAAUGCCAUUUGUGAUUCAAAUGAAUAACUGUUUCCAAUAAGUCAUAUAAUGCAUGAAGAAACAUGAUAUCUUGGGAAGAAA